CUUUUUAUCCUGUGCACCACCGCAUACUUCACCGUCUGGAGCGCGGAUUAUUUCCACCCUGUGUUUUGGUCCACUGUGACCGGUUUCUGUGAUCGCACAGCUCGGUGAUCGAGCUCGUCAUGUCGGACACAUGGAGUAACAUCCAGGCCCAUAAGAAGCAGCUGGACUCGCUGCGGGAAAGGCUGAAGCGACGGCGGAAGGACCCGGCGCAGCUGUCCGGGUCGGAGGCCGGGCUCAGCGCUGAGGGGUCCACAGCCCGGAGCGACAGCCCAGCUCCGUCAGCUCCCUCUACUUCUCAGGAGGAGACGGAGAGGCCACCGGACCCUGAGCUGGAGAAGAGGCUGCUGGGAUACCUCUCCGAUCUGAGCCUCUCGCUGCCCACGGACUCGCUGGCCAUCACAAAUCAGCUCAACAGUGCAGAAGGUACGGUUACUCACAGAUGCAUCCAGAGCCUGCUGCUCAAGUUCUCCGCCCAGGAGCUCAUUGAGGUCCGGCAGCCUACUUCCAUCUCCUCCUCUUCCACGACUUCCUCUCCGCCCACCACCGUCGUCGCAGCCGUGGACCACACGAAGCUGUGGGCCAUGAUCGGCUCUGUGUCUGGAGCCCAAAGAGCCGGGGUCAAGAGAAAAGCCGAAGACCAGACCCUCGGCGGCUUUUCGCCUAAACUUCAGAGCUCUGCGUCUCCUCCUCACGCGUCCUCCUCCUCCAUUACGCCGGCUUCCUCCCUGCAGCUGCCGGGAACUUCGGCGACAGGAAGCGGAGCCGAGAAGAAGGGCCGCAGCAGCAAGGGCCAGUCGUCUCACAUGGACAUGGAGAUCGAGAGUCUCCUGAACCAGCAGUCCACCAAGGAGCAGCAGAGCAAGAAGAUGAGUCAGGAGAUCCUGGAGCUCCUUAAUGCCAGCACAGCCAAGGAGCAGUCCAUCGUGGAGAAGUUCAGGUCUCGUGGUCGAGCUCAAGUCCAGGAGUUCUGCGAUCACGGGACAAAAGAGGAGUGCGUCCGCUCCGGAGACACUCCGCAGCCCUGCACCAAGCUGCAUUUCCGCCGCAUCAUCAACAAGCACACAGACGAGAGCCUCGGCGACUGCUCCUUCCUCAACACCUGUUUCCACAUGGACACCUGCAAGUACGUGCACUACGAGAUCGACAGCCCCCCCGAGGCCGAGAGCAGCCUGAUGGGGCCCCAGUCGGGGACCCCGGAGAUCGGGCUGCACGCCGAAGACGCCGACAGCAACGUGGGCAAACUCUUCCCGUCGCAGUGGAUCUGCUGCGACAUCCGCUACCUGGACAUGGCCAUCCUGGGGAAGUUCUCCGUGGUGAUGGCCGACCCGCCCUGGGACAUCCACAUGGAGCUACCGUACGGCACGCUGACCGAUGACGAGAUGAGGAAACUCAGCAUUCCCGCCUUGCAGGAUGAUGGUUUCCUCUUCCUCUGGGUCACCGGGAGGGCCAUGGAGCUGGGCCGGGAGUGUCUCAGCCAAUGGGGCUACGAGCGUGUCGACGAGAUCAUUUGGGUGAAAACCAACCAGCUGCAGCGAAUCAUUCGCACAGGCAGGACGGGCCACUGGCUGAACCACGGGAAGGAGCACUGUCUGGUGGGUGUGAAGGGAAGCACGCAGGGGUUCAACCGAGGUUUGGACUGCGACGUCAUCGUGGCCGAAGUCCGCUCCACCAGCCACAAACCGGAUGAGAUCUACGGCAUGAUCGAGCGGCUGUCGCCCGGCACCAGGAAGAUCGAGCUCUUCGGACGACCUCACAACGUCCAGCCCAACUGGAUAACCCUGGGGAACCAGCUGGACGGUAUUCAUCUCUUGGACCCGGAGGUCGUGGCCCGCUUUAAGGAGCGAUACCCAGACGGAGUCAUCUCCAAGCCACACACACAGUGAGGAUGUCACUGUGUGUGUGGAGUUUGAUUUUGGACUGAUUUCUUUUUUCUUUUAUAACUGUGAAUACUCUUUUUAAUAAACAUUUCGGGACAAGA